AUGACUUCAACAAAUCAAGAUCAAGAUCGUGUUCCUUUGCUAUCGAUAAAUUCAUUAUCUCAAAUUUAUGAUUCAAUAAAUUUACCGGAUCAAAUAAUUCGAUAUCAAGCAUUCAUUCAAAAAUUUCAAAGUCUAUACAAUAAACAGCCAAGUUUUAUUGUAAGAUCACCUGGAAGAGUCAAUAUCAUUGGGGAACAUAUUGAUUAUGCAGGGUUCGGUGUAUUACCAAUGGCAAUAAGCCGUGAUUUACUUAUUGCUGUUUAUGUGGUUGAAGAUGAGAGUUCUGUGAAAUUAGCUAAUGUUGAUAAUGAAAAAUACAAGACAAGGACUUGGGAAUUUGAAGGUGAUAACAAUAAGAUUGUAGAAAUUAAACUUGAAGAUGGUGUAGUUGAAUGGAGUAAUUAUUUUAAGUGUGGAUAUAAGGGAAUAAUAAAAUAUCUUGGGUUAGAAAAACCCAAAGGGAUGUAUUGUCUAGUCGAUGGAAGUAUACCACCUGGUUCAGGAUUAUCAAGCUCGUCGGCUUUCGUUUGUUCUGCUGUUCUAGCAACAAGCUAUGCGAAUGGUACUGAAUUAAGCAGGAAGCAAAUCACAGAAAUUUCAAUAGAUUCAGAAAGAUUAGCUGGAGUAAAUUCAGGAGGAAUGGACCAAACUGCAUCAAUUUUUUCAUUAUUUGGCCAUGCUCUUUAUAUCCAAUUCUUACCUGCUCUAACCGCCACUCCGAUAAAAUUACCAUCCACUAGUCCACCAAUGGCGUUUAUUGUUGCCAAUUCAUUGGUAACUGCCGAUAAAAUUGCCACAGCUCCUACUGGCUAUAAUCUUCGAGUUUUUGAGACAAGAGUGGCUGCUUAUCACUUGGGACUAUCUUCAUUUGGAAAAGAGUGUGACAUACUCAAGGAAGUUAGUGAUUUGUAUACUGGGCAUUAUGAAGUUUCAGCGAUUAAUCUCAGAAAGUUAUCAGAGUAUGUUGAUCAAAUCUAUGGAAAGAAGGAUGGUUAUACAAUUGAGGAUUUAACAGAAUUAUUGAAUUUGUCAAUCGAUGAAAUUUAUGAUAAAUUCCAAGGCCAGCAUCAAGUUAAAGCUGAAAAAUUCCAACUGUAUAAAAGAUCCAAGCACGUGUUUGAAGAGGCAUUGAGAGUAUUAAAAUUUUAUGAAAUUUGUAAUAGUGGUGGCAAUUCUGAGAAAUUGUUUGAAAUAUUGGGUGGCUUGAUGAAUGAAAGCCAUCAAAGCUGUAAAGAUUUAUUUGAUUGUUCUUCCGCAGAAUUAGAUGAAUUGGUUGGUAUAUGUCUAGCUGGUGGCGCUUAUGGUAGCCGAUUAACUGGUGCUGGUUGGGGAGGGUGUACGGUAUCUUUAAUCAAAGAAGACCAGACAAAGAGUUUUAUUCAGUACGUCACAGAAAAUUAUUAUAAAAAAAAUUUUCCAAAUAUCACAGAAAAAGAAAUAGAAGAUGCAAUAUUUGCUACCAGACCUGGAAGUGGCGCUUGA